AUGCCAAAUUGAUAUUUGAAGACUCUCAAAUGGUCCUACAAAAGGAUAAAGAACAGAGACAUAUUCAGGCAGAGCAUAUCCCUGACUUACAGAGGAAAAGACAAUGUCUCUAAUAUUAUUGGAGGAGGUGCCACCAUGCUCAUGUUGCUUAUCUUGCUUGGAUACAGUAUUGUUCUCCUGAGAACCAUGUUCAAAAGGACAGAUGUUAGUUGGAACCUCAAUAGUGUCAGAGAAAAUCUGGCUCUAGAUAACCCAAAAUUGGAGUGGGCUAAAGAAGAUCCCAAAUUCAAAAUAUAUUGGAGUGCAUACCAUACUACGUUUAUACCAAAGGAAGACUUAGAUAAAGCUUUAUUGGUUGAUUACAGUUAUUUUAAUGUGGAUCCUACAGAUUUUGUAACAGGAGAAAACAAAACUACCGUUUCACCUAUUACAAACACUAGUUGUGAGGGCAGCUUUAGCACAAUAUCCGAUAAUUAUUACAGGGGUGAGUAUGAACAGCCUCAUUGCCCCGAUCUUUCAGGUCUUGAGCUGGAAGGAAGCUCACAGAAUCCAAAGAAACAUUCAUACAUUGAAUUCUACUAUUCAUGGUGCAAGUGGGGAGAUUGUUAUGAUGAUAGCGCCCUUUCUAAAAUAGCAGUGAAUAACUCUGUGCUACUUGUGAAUGUAGAGAAUAGGUAUGUUGACUUGAAUGAUAUUGAGAAUCCGAUAAAGCCAUAUUUUGAUAAAACUUAUCAGAUACAGUAUAAGAUUGAUAAGCAUGUGAAGGUUGAGUUUAAGUUAAGGAGACAUGAGGUUGUGCUUGAAGAUGGGUUCUUUACUCUUCCGUGGGAUUCGGAACCGGUGUAUUUUAAUUCAUUGGAGGAUUAUGAUUAUCAGGAAGAAGAUUUGGAUCCUUAUGAUGAUACAGGGAGAAUAACUAUUACGAUCAUUAAGGACUCUGUUGUUGACCAACACCGAAGGAGCGUGCUUAACUUCCUUGAGGUCACAGGUAUUCUUGGAGGCCUCUUCGAAAUUUUUGAAUUAGGUUUCGGUAUGAUCCUGGGUCUCUACUCAUCAGUGCUGUUCAAAAAGAAAAUUUUCAAAGACAUUCAAAAGUACCAGGACAAGUUUGACAAAAUGGAAAAGUGAAUUCAGCAGCUGGAGCUUAAAGUAAAACAGAACCAAACAUCUAGGGUGGAUAAUGAUGGAGAAGGAGACGAACUCAGCCACAAGGAGAACCAAGAAGAGCAAGACGAAGAAUCUAAGCAUGAAAAUGAUCAGCUUAAGCUACUGGAAGGAGGAUCUAUUGAUAAUUUUGGAGGAGAAACAAUUCAAUUAAGAAAUCUUCUUCACCAUCAACACAACCUCAACCACCCAAAUGAACACUUACCUUCCGAAAUUCCCCAUUUCGGAAUUAUGAAAAAUCCCCACUCAAACAAAAACUCACAAAAUUCCAAAUAAAAGCAACCUCCACAACAUCCUUGACAAAUACAACAAAAUGGACCAAGCAAUGGCCAAACUAAACCAAGGUCUCGACUGCCUCAACAUCGUCUACUCCCUAAAAACCCUCCGGAGACAAACCGCCUACCUCCUCUCCAAAGACGCUGACUUCUCCUCUGCCCUCGCCCAAAACCCUGAUCUCCACCUCAGCUUCGACUCCUCAGACCCCGCCUCUCCCAUAGACCCUCCUUCCUCUUCCAAAAUCUCGCCGACACGCCAGCCUCCUCCGACCAAGCCCAGCCAGAUCAUCAGCCUAGAUCCUCUUAAUGACCGGUCACAAAAUUACCUGGCAGGCAGGCUUGUCCGCAUUGACCAGGGAUAGAUAAUUUUAUGGAGAAAAUAAUAGUGUUUAAGAUUCUCAAGUCAGAACUCCACAUCUUAAAUAGCUUUAAACACAUAUUUAUCACAUC